AUGAGUUCAUUUGAUCUUAAUAUGAAUGAAGAGGAAGUUCCUAUUAAUUUAUCUGAAAGACCUAUCGGUGUGAAAAAAGCAAAAGGAAAACAAAAAAGUGAUGAACAAUUUAAGAAACUAAUGGAUCAAAGUCAAAAACUUGUUAAUGUUAUAGAAAAUGAUAACUUUGAAAGAAAUGAACUUCUGAGACAAAAGGUUGAUGUGGCUAGAAAGAGAGAAGAGAAUAAAAUUUUGUUUACGGAUUUUAAUUCUAUAUCUGAUCCAGAGUUUUGCCAAUUUAUUCAAAGAGAAAAGAGAAAAAUUUACAGAUCAAGAGCACAAACAUCUGAACAUGGAGAACAAGGAGAAGGAUCUCAAUAUCAGGGAUCUCAAUAUCGAGCAUCUUAG